AUGGACCGAACAAAGAUGUUAUCGUUUCAAAUCGAGUCGAUUGCUGCCGAUGAAAAGCUUCAAAAGGACAUUUCAAUUUUGCCAUCGAAUUAUACCUUCGAAAUACCAAAGACGAUUUGGAAAAUUCGCUCAACUUCCGCCAAAUAUGUUGCCCUACAAUUCCCUGAAGGUCUUUUAAUGUAUGCGAGUGUGAUAGCCGACAUAUUGGAAAAGUAUACGAGUUGCGAAACGGUGAUAAUGGGCGAUGUCACAUACGGAGCUUGCUGUGUUGAUGACUAUACUGCUAAAGCACUCGGAUGUGAUCUGCUUGUUCACUAUGGCCAUAGUUGUCUUGUGCCAAUUCAGAAUACGGAGGGUAUCAGCAUGCUUUACAUUUUUGUGAACAUUGAUAUAAAUAUUACCCACUUUUUGGACUCGAUAAAGACAAAUUUUCAACCCGAUAAAAGGCUUGCGUUUGUAAGCACUAUUCAAUUUGUUCCUUCAUUGCAACUUGUCAAGAAUCUUCUCGAAAAAGAUGGUUUCCAAGUUGAGAUGCCGCAAUGUAAGCCGUUGAGCCCUGGGGAGAUUUUGGGAUGCACAUCACCAAGACUUUCAAAAGAUGUUGAUGCUUUAAUUUAUCUCGGAGAUGGACGUUUUCAUUUGGAGUCGGCAAUGAUGCACAAUCCUCAAGUGCCGGCUUUUCAAUAUGAUCCGUAUUCGCGAAAACUAACGAGGGAACAAUUCGACUUUGAUUUAAUGAAACAAACGCGAUUACGUGCGAUUGACAUAGCGAAAAACAGCAAGAAAUUCGGGUUGAUACAAGGAACUCUGGGACGGCAGGGAAAUAUUAAAAUUGUUGAGGAACUUGAGAAAAAGCUACUGGAGAAGGGAAAAGGAUAUGUGCGGGUACUUUUGUCGGAAAUUUUCCCUUCAAAACUGGCGCUUCUAUCGGACGUUGAUUGUUGGGUACAAGUUGCAUGCCCAAGAUUAUCGAUUGAUUGGGGUAGCUCGUUCCCGCGUCCGCUUCUUUCACCGUACGAAUUGAACGUUGCUCUCGAAUCCGUUGAAGGGCCGAAAGACUUUUACCCAAUGGAUUUCUAUGCGAAUGAUUCUCUCGGUCCAUGGACUAACAAUCAUGAGUCGAUCCGCCCGAAAAGAGAACGACGGCGAGAAAAGGUCGUCGUUGCCCAAAGUUGU